AUGAUCGGACACGCUGAUUUCAUUGUCUGAGGAGGCAGUGGAGACCCAGGAAAAAUUUCGCUCAAUCCGCCGGCCCCAACAGUGGCCUGAUUUGGGAUCCUUGAUCCCCCCGGUGACCGCACCACGCCCGAGAUGAAUCUACGCUCUGUAUUUACUGUAGAACAACAAAGGAUUUUACAGCGUUAUUAUGAAAAUGGAAUGACAAAUCAAAGUAAAAAUUGCUUUCAGCUCAUAUUACAGUGUGCACAGGAGACUAAGCUGGACUUCAGUGUAGUCAGGACGUGGGUUGGCAAUAAGAGGAGAAAAAUGAGCAGUAAAAAUUCUGAAUCAGGAGCAGCAACAACAGGAACUAUUUCUGGUACCUCGUUGGCAGCUCCAGACAUUACAGUAAGAAAUGUGGUUAAUAUUGCUCGACCCUCAAGCGAACAGUCUUCUUGGUCAUCUGCCAAUAACGAUGUCAUUGUAACUGGAAUAUACAGUCCAGCCAGUUCAUUAAGUAGGCAAGGGACAACUAAUCAUACAAAUACACAAAUUACGGAAGCACAUAAAAUCCCCAUUCAGAAAACGGCCAGUAAAAAUGAUACUGAGUUUCAGUUGCACAUUCCUGUUCAAAGACAAGUAGCACACUGUAAAAAUGCUUCUCUGCUCUUAGGUGAAAAAACAAUUAUUUUGUCAAGACAGACAAGUGUGCUAAAUGCUGGAAACUCGGUAUACACAAAGAAAAACUAUGGAAGCUCUUCAAUGCAAGCCUCUGAGAUUAUUGUACCUCAAAAGCCAUCUGUGUGCCACCGACCUUGCAAAAUUGAACCAGUUGGAAUUCAAAGGCCAUAUAAGCCUGCACACACGGGUCUAGCAUCACAUAACUUAUGUGGGCAAAAGCCACCUAUUAGAGAUCCUUACUGUAGAACACAAAACUUGGAAAUCCGUGAAGUAUUUUCAUUGGCAGUUAGUGAUUACCCCCAGAGAAUUCUGGGAGGAAAUACUCCACAGAAGCCAAGUUCAGCAGAAGGAACUUGUUUGUCCAUUGCAAUGGAGACUGGAGAUGCCGAUGAUGAAUAUGCCAGAGAGGAAGAGUUGGCAUUGAUGGGAGCACAGAUACCAAGCUACUCAAGGUUUUAUGAAAAUUGCAGUUCCCUUAGAGCUGAGAACCAAAGUACAGCUUUGCCAGGACCAGGAAGAAAUAUGCCAAAUUCACAAAUGGUGAAUAUUAGAGACUUGUCAGACAAUGUACUGUAUCAAAACAGAGACUACCAUUUGACGCCACGGACCUCAUUACAUACAUCAUCUACUACAAUUUACAGUAAUACAAAUCCAUCACGGAGUAAUUUUUCUUCACAUUUUGCAUCAUCAAACCAAUUGAGGUUAUCACAAAACCAAAACAAUUACCAGAUUUCAGGAAACCUUACUGUGCCUUGGAUUACAGGGUGUUCUAGAAAAAGAGCACUACAAGACCGAACUCAGUUCAGUGACAGAGACUUAGCCACCCUUAAGAAGUACUGGGACAAUGGCAUGACCAGCCUUGGCUCUAUCUGUAGAGAGAAAAUUGAAGCAGUUGCAAAUGAAUUAAAUGUUGACUGUGAAAUAGUCCGGACUUGGAUUGGGAAUCGAAGAAGGAAAUAUCGUUUAAUGGGGAUUGAAGUUCCACCUCCAAGGGGAGGCCCUGCUGAUUUUUCUGAGCAGCCAGAGUCUGGUUCUUUGUCUGCACUCACAACAGGAGAGGAAGCUGGUCCUGAAGGAGAAGAAGAUAAUGACAGAAAUGAUGAGGUAUCCAUCUGUUUGUCUGAAGGAAGCUCUCAAGAAGAGUCCAAUGAAGCUGUUCCUAAUAAGACAAGGGUGGAUAAGGAGGAGAACCACCAUGAAGUAUCCGAAGAUAAUGUGAAAAUAGAAAUUAUUGAUGAUGAAGAAAGUGACAUGAUAAGUAAUUCUGAAGUAGAACAAGUGAAUUCUUUCUUGGAUUAUAAGAAUGAAGAAGUCAGAUUCAUUGAAAAUGAACUAGAGAUUCAAAAGCAAAAAUACUUUAAACUUCAGACAUUUGUUAGAAGCUUGAUACUAGCUAUGAAAGCUGAGGAUAAGGAUCAACAGCAGGCACUGCUGUCAGAUUUACCUCCUGAAUUAGAAGAGAUGGAUUUCAAUCAUGCCUCGCUGGAGCCUGAUGAUACCUCAUUCAGUGUGUCUUCUUUAUCAGAGAAAAAUGCCUCAGACAGUUUGUGAUUUGAGGGGGGUGGUAUAUGAUACAGCCUUUACACUGCCUAACAGGUGUGCAUUGCAAGAUGACUGCAUUCUGUUGCCUGAAAUUCUUCAGUUGGAAAAAAAUAUUGUUGAAACCAAUAUAUGCUGUGAAGGAUGAGCAAGAUAUAAUGGCUACAGUACAAAAAAUGUAUGUGAAAUUUAAAAGCAUUUUUUGAGAGUUUUCCCAAACUGAUAGAAAUCUGGGAAAAUAACUGUAAUUUUGAGCAGUUUAUCUAUGAAAUGCAUAAUGUUUAAUUUUUUAAUUUUUUUGUUUGGUUUUAGAGAAAAAUCUUAGUUUUAAUAAUAGUUUUGGCCAGAGACACAAAACUGAAAGUAUUUCAACAUUGUUUUAUCAAAUUACUGAAGCUUGAUUGUUGUUUUUGUAGCCAUUACAUUUCUUUUCUCUCUUCUUUUCCUAACAUACACUUUUACUCAGGAAAGUGGACUAAAAAUUGAAAUGAAACUUUGAAAGUGAUUUAACCUGGAA